AUGGCAAAGCGUUUGGACAGAGCUCUUGGCGAUGUGGCUUGGCAGCUGCGAUUUCCGGAAGCGUAUGUCGAACACUUAGCUCGUGUGUACUCGGACCACUCCCCCUUGCUGGUUCGGUUUCAUGCACCGUCCGACGAUAGAUUACCUCGUCCUUUUCGUUUUCAAGCGGCUUGGGCCAUGCACCCGUCGUUUGGUGAUCUUGUUGCCACUUCUUGGGGACGUUAUGCACCAUCACUCACUAGGAAGCUCCAUCAUGUGCAGCGGGCAGCCACUGAGUUCAACAAAAGUGUCUUUGGCAAUAUCCAUAGGCGCAAACACAGAUUGGAGCAAUAG